AUGGCAACCGAGCGGACGCCUCUUCUGCCCCCCGGCGAUGGUCCAGCGCUCACGGACCCCGCCCUGUCCCGGGACGAGCAACGGCUGAUGGCGGCGAGCACCGUGGGCGAGCGUCUGCCAUAUAACGACUAUACCACCAUCGACUGGCUGCACGACCUGGUCAAGGAUUCCUACCGCUACCGCUACGUUCAUUCGAGAAAGGGGCUCCGCUACGGCCUCGUCUCCGCCUUCGACUCCUGCUCCGGCUGGAUUGCCGUCGCCAUCAUUGGCUCCAUCACCGCCUGUAUCGCCUUUGUCGUCGAUGUUGCUGAAGCCACUGUCUCCGGCUGGAAGCUCGGCUACUGCACGACAAACCCAUUGCUGAGCAGAGAAGCCUGCUGUGCCAACGCCGACUUUGCUGACAACUGCGAUGCCUUCUACUCGUGGUCUGCCUCGUACUGGUCCUCCUUUGCUAUAUACGCCGCUGCCGCCUUGGCUUUUGGCGUCAUCUCUUCUAGCGCAACCAUGUUAACCAAGCGGUCUCUACCUGCUGUCCAUGACAAGCUUGACGCUACCGCUCCAGUUGCCUCUGGAAAGUCAAUCUACAUGGCGGCUGGCAGCGGCAUCCCCGAGAUCAAAACCAUCCUGUCAGGCUUCGUGAUCCCCAACUUUCUUGACUUGAAGGUCUUGCUGGUCAAGGCUUUCGGUGCCACCUUUGCAGUAGCAUCCGGCAUGUGCCUCGGGAAAGAAGGCCCCUUUGUCCAUAUCUCCACUUGUGUUGGCUACCUGGUUUGCCGUUGCUUCCCUAAGUAUAGGGACAGCGGUAGGAAGAUGCGGGAGAUGCUGUCUGCUGCUUGUGCUUCCGGCUUGAGUGUCGCUUUCGGUGCACCCAUUGGAGGCGUACUGUUCAGUUACGAAGAAAUCAGCACUUACUUUCCUCGAAAAGUCCUGUGGCGAGCAUUCUUCUGCUCGCUGUUUGCUUCGAUGAUCUUGAAAGCGCUGAAUCCAACCGGCACGGGCAAACUAGUCCUCUUCGAGACCCACUACGAAAGCUCAUACGAGGCCAUCGAUUAUCUACUUUUUAUCAUCCUUGGAAUUGCGGGUGGCCUAUUUGGCGGGAUUUUCUGCAAGGCAAAUUUCAGCUGGUCUAAAUGGUUCAGACAACUGCCACUCAUCAAGAACCACCCCGUGUUUGAAGUCUUCCUGGUUGCUCUAGCUACGGCGCUCCUCCAGUUUCCAAACCCCCUCACGAGGGAUUCAGGCGAUGUUAUUAUCAAAAACCUCCUCGUCGAUUGUCGUGAUGUCGAGUCUUCGGCGUCGUUUGUCUGCCGCAAUGAGGCCAGGACGGAUGGCAAAGGGGAUUACAUCGCCUGGUUGAUUCAUGGGCUGGUAACCAAGCUCCUCCUUACCAUAAUCACAUUCGGCACAAAAGUGCCGUCUGGCGUCAUCAUCCCUGCGUUAGACGGAGGUGCUUUCUUUGGACGCUUGAUGGGACAGUGCAUAACUUCUAUAUCCCCUGGGGUUUUUGCCAUGGUUGGAGCAGCUGCAUUUCUUGCCGGUGUCAGUCGUAUGACCAUCUCUUUGUGUGUGAUCAUGUUCGAGCUGACUGGCGAGUUGGAAUUCAUCGUUCCUCACAUGAUUGCCAUCCUCGUCGCGAAAUGGACAGCAGAUGCAAUCAGCAGCGAGGGCGUCUAUGAUCUCGCUCAGACAGUUCUGGGCCAUCCUUUUCUUGACAAUGACCACGCGCUCAAGCUUGUCCAAGCAUAUGGGACGUCUUCAAAGCCGGCAACAUCGUUCUCUCCCCUCAAAAACGCAGAUGCCGAUCCAGCCCUUGUGGAAGUGCUCAUUCCCCCGGCACGAACUAUGCAAGAGAUUACCGUCGAGGUGCCCCUCAGCAACACGGUGCCGAAGGUCGUUCUCGAGCACAAACUAACUAGGUUACACAACAGAGGGCUGAUGGAUGCGGGAUUGGCACUUGUGCAGAACGGAAUGCUGCAGGGCUACCUACCUGGUACGUGGCUUUGCGAGAUAGGUUCUACUGGCAUUAUCCACUGA